ACAAAUUGAUUAAAGUUGGACAAUUCCAUAAAAUUCUUGAAAAACGAGUAGGUUGCUAGACAGAGUAGGAUAUUAAAAAUAGCUGCUAAUUUGUCAGGAAAAAUAUGACAUUCUAUGGGAGCUUGUGUGACACACACACACACACACACACACACACACACUGGACAGAGGCUGAGAGCACUGUGAGUUCAUUUAGGACAUGUGAACUGGCUCAUUGACACUGAAGAGAGUUUUACAUUUUCAAGCCACUCUGGUCAUACAUUCUCCCAUAGCUGCCAUUGAACAUACCAACCAUCACCUCUGUCCGACACACUCUAUUUCUCCGGUGGAGUUGCUGUGCUCCCCCCCCCUUCCCAGCAGUGACACUCUCUCCGCCAUGGCCUCCUGUAUCACUGCCCACAAGGGCUGGUUUGGUGAGAGGGGGGUUCACCAGGGGGUUGGGCUGGACAUCCUCUUCAGUGGCAGGGACUUUGACACACCAGAUCUGUACUCCCCAAAUGACACUCGACAACCUCAGGAGGCCAAGUCACACUAUGCCUGUCCCAGGGCCCCCCAGAGGUCCCUUUAUGGCUGGGGCACAUACAGCCCCCCUCCACAGAGAUCCAGCACUGAGAGCAGAGGGGGGGCCUCCUCUUCUGCCAGGCCUGUCUCCCUCAACCAGUGCCAGGGCUACCACGCCCACACCCUGCCCCUGCCCCGCAGAGCCCUGGCUGUCUUCAGACCCAGUGUCUACAGCAGCCCUCAGGGAUAUAAGACUACCACAGUGGACAAACCUCGCAUGCUCAGAGCCACUAUCAGAUCCCGCCCCUCGGACCCUAACCAGUCUGGCCGACAGCACAGCCAGCACCAGAGCCAGGACCAGCACCAGAGUCAGCCUUUCCAGCACCAGCAGCAGCCCAGACCAAACCAGCAGCAGCACCAGCCAAGCCUAAGCCCCAAGCUUCUCUACCAACCAAGCCUUCGUCCCAAGCCGGUCUACCAGCCAAGGCUCAGUCCCACUCUUCCUGUCUAUAGGAGACUCACAACCUGGCAGCACAAGGACAACACCAACACAGACAGCAACACCAUCAAGACCAACAACAGCUCUCACAGUAACAGCAUCAAGAGACAGGUGGACAUGACGUCCCAGAACGUGUUUGGUCAGCCACGUGUCCUGGCCUCGCUGCGGGGACCUCCCUCUCCGCGACAGACCCGCAAGACAACAAAUCUAGAGGAGGAACUGAGGAGGCUCGUCAUACUGGACAGCACAUCAGAGGACUCAGGGAGGGAUGCAUUCUGCCGUCAUAGCCUCUCUACAGAGAUAAGUCUAGGCAGUGGUCCCGUGGACUACAGUCUGGCCUGUUCCCCAGUGUCUGACUGCUCAGAGUUGGCGGGGCUGGAGGACCUGUCUGCCUCUGAGCUGUCCCUGACAGAGGGCUGGGACUCUGGGCACAUCCCCCUACCAGACCCUGCAGGGAGCCUGAAGUGGAGCAACCUGGUCAACACUGCCAAGGCCUAUGAGGUAGCACAGAGGACAGUGGAGCCCAUUCCCCUCAGCAAGCCCAUGAAGCAUGGAUCAAAGGGUGGACCCACGGCUUGCCCACCCAAUUACUACCCUCCUCAGGACUACAAUUCCCAGCCUGCAAUAAGAAGUGAAGUGCCCAGUGAUCUGUCUGAUAGACUUCACGACCUGGAAGUGCUGCUGAGACACUUGGAGAGCAACCUGGAGAAGGAGAAGCAAGACAGAAUAGCCCUGAUGGGGGAAGUGACGAUUCUGAGGGAGACCAACCAGCGCCUGUGGGAGGAGUCUCUUUCAUCCAAUGAAAAGCUCUGUAAACUCAGCCUGUUGUUCAACGUGGCCCCAGGAAUGGUGCCUAGAGAGAGAGAAUGACCAACAACACUAAGAGGAGAGAGGGAUAACUUGAACAGAGGGGUGGAGGACUGUCUGCAAAAUGUGAUCAGAGAAAGAGGAUAUAUAAACUCAGCAAAAAAAGAAACGUCCUCUCACUGUCAACUGUGUUUAUUUUCAGCAAAAUUAACAUGUGUAAAUAUUUGUAUGAACAUAACAAGAUUCAACAACUGAGACAAACUGAACAAGUUCCACAGACAUGUGACUAACAGAAAUUGAAUAAUGUGUCCUUGAAGAAAGAGGUGUUAAAAUCAAAAGUAACAGUCAGUGUCUGGUGUGGCCACCAGCUGCAUUAAGUACUGCAGUGCAUCUCCUCCUCAUGGACUGCACCAGAUUUGGCAGUUCUUGUUGUGAGAUGUUACCACACUCUUCCACCAAGGCACCUGCAAGUUUCCGGACAUUUCUGAGGGUAUUGACUCCAGCCCUCACCCUCCAAUCCAACAGGUCCCAGACGUGCUCAAUGGGAUUGAGAUCCAGGCUCUCGCUGGCCAUGGCAGAACACUGACAUUCCUGUCUUGCAGGAAAUCACACACUGUCAUGCUGGAGGGUCAUGUCAGGAUGAGCCUGCAGGAAGAGUACCACAUGAGGGAGGAGGAUGUCUUCCCUGUA